UGGUACUUCGGGGCGGUGGGGCGGGACUCCAGCUGCAGCCGCGGGAGGUCCGGACACAGGCGGCCAUGGGACUCGCCGGUAAUAGAGGACACAUCUUAACUGGGUUGCUUUAAGAACUGAUGCCUAAAUCAUCUCAGCAUGGCCUGUAGAGGAGAUGAGCCCGGCAAGCCUUUCUCAGCUAUACUCUCUUGGGUUAGCCCUGGAAGUCUUCCCACACAUAGAACCCGUACCCAUAAUAUAUGCAUGGUAUCUGACUUUUUCUACCCAAAUAUGGGAGGUGUGGAAAGCCACAUUUACCAGCUCUCUCAGUGCCUGAUUGAAAGAGGGCAUAAGGUUAUAAUUGUCACCCAUGCUUACGGAAAUCGAAAAGGCAUCCGUUACCUCACUAAUGGCCUCAAAGUCUAUUACUUGCCUCUGAAAGUCAUGUACAACCAGUCUACAGCCACGACCCUCUUUCACAGUCUACCAUUGCUCAGGUACAUAUUUGUUCGGGAGAGAGUCACAAUAAUCCAUUCACAUAGUUCUUUUUCUGCCAUGGCCCAUGAUGCUCUCUUCCACGCCAAGACAAUGGGGCUUCAGACAGUCUUCACGGACCAUUCCCUUUUUGGAUUUGCUGAUGUCAGCUCGGUGCUUACAAACAAGCUUCUAACUGUGUCUCUUUGUGACACAAACCACAUCAUUUGUGUCUCUUAUACUAGUAAGGAAAAUACUGUAUUAAGAGCAGCACUGAAUCCUGAAAUAGUGUCCGUCAUUCCUAAUGCUGUAGAUCCUACUGACUUCACUCCAGACCCAUUUAGAAGGCAUGAUAGUAUAAUAACUAUUGUUGUUGUCAGCAGACUUGUUUACAGAAAAGGAACUGAUUUGCUUAGUGGUAUAAUACCUGAACUCUGUCAGAAAUAUCCAGAGUUAAAUUUCGUAAUUGGAGGAGAGGGACCAAAGAGAGUCAUUUUGGAAGAAGUUCGGGAAAGAUACCAGCUACAUGACAGGGUGCGUCUUUUGGGAGCUUUAGAACACAAGGAUGUUAGAGAUGUCUUAGUUCAAGGACACAUUUUUCUUAAUACCUCCCUUACCGAAGCAUUCUGCAUGGCGAUCUUGGAAGCAGCCAGUUGUGGUUUACAGGUUGUAAGUACCAAGGUUGGUGGAAUACCUGAGGUGCUUCCAGAAAAUCUUAUUAUUUUAUGUGAGCCUUCAGUAAAAUCUUUGUGUGAAGGGUUGGAAAAAGCUAUUUUCCAACUGAAGUCGGGGACAUUGCCACCUCCAGAAAAUAUCCAUAACGUAGUAAAGACUUUCUACACCUGGAGGAAUGUUGCAGAGAGAACUGAAAAACAACAUAGACGGCUUCACACACCUGUUGAAAGAGCCUCCGGGUACCCAGCAGCACACUAGAUUGUAGCUCUCUGAUUGUGGUUGAUGUCUGCCAGAUGCCAGUGAGAGCUGUCUCAGCUGAGUCAAGGAAUCUUCAAAGGCCAAUCCUGCUUCAGCACUGCUGAAAUCAUUGCUGAAUUAAGUAUCACCCUUACAAUGGUGAACCAAAAAGCUAUUCAGACUUUGCAGGACUUUGGAAUUCUAAGCUAUAAUCGAUGAUGUUCCCCUGAGGGAGAGGAACUGUCACUUAUUCUUUGUAUCAAUAGUGUCUAGCCCAGCGUUUUGCCCAGAAUGAGUGUUCAAUAAGGUUGAAUCAAAUGGCAGUAAUUAUUGUGAUUAAGUUCAUUAAGGACAUCAUUACUGUAACAACAAAAUGUGAGUGACUUCUGUUUGCAUGUAUUUAUAAAAGGUUCCCGCGGGAGCAGGUCAUUGUUUGGUAUGUGACCGGUGAUAGGUUAGAGUGCUCAUUCUUGGCUUCUCUCCUGCCAGGUGUAUGACCGGGUGUCAGUGGAGGCUGUGUUGCCAAUGGAAAGGCGACUGAACAGACUUAUCUCUCACUGCGGCCCGAUAACAGGCUACAUUU